AAUGUUGAGCUUGGAACUGAAACUUAUAAUAGCUUUUUUGCUAAUCUGGACUGUGGCAGCCCAAAACUCCACGGAUGGCGGACAGGAUGGCCGAAUUGUUGGCGGCUGGGAGACGCACAUCACAUUCUUCCCGCACCAAGUAUCUCUUCAGUUGGGCACUCGCCACGCCUGCGGUGGAUCCAUCCUUGCGCCAACCAUCAUUUUAACAGCCGCCCACUGCGUGCUGGAGUACACCAAACCGCAGUAUUAUUCGAUACGAGCCGGAUCCAAUGAGUGGGCCAAAGGCGGCAGCUUUAUCCGCAUUCAACGCAUUGUACCGCAUCCCAAGUUCCAUGAGCCCACAAGGAUGAACAACGAUAUUGCCAUCGUUCAGCUGCAGCAGCCACUCGUCUAUAGUAGAGAAAUUCAACCAAUAAGUCUGGCCACCACUCAGGACAGGAUACAGCCAACGGCCCAGCUCUUCGUCAGUGGCUGGGGUAGUCAGCUAAUCUCACAGAUGCAGCCUGAGAAGCGUCUCCGUUACACAGUUGUCCAGCUAAGUGAUCAAAAACAGUGUGAAAGAAACUAUUUUGGAGCGGGCACUGUUACCAACACCAUGUUCUGUGCGGGAACUCAGAUGGGUGGAAGAGAUAGCUGCCAGGGAGAUUCAGGAGGACCACUGGUCACCUCCAUCGAUGGGCGGAUGAAACUCUACGGCAUUGUGUCCUGGGGUUUUGGCUGCGCAAACGCCAUGUUUCCCGGUAUUUACACUAAAGUUCCCGCAUAUGGUGAUUGGAUAGCGCAGACGAUGGAGGAGCUGGUCUAGGCUUUUUUUCCCUAAACACUACUGCUUUACCACUUAGAAAUAAUAGUCGAAAUCAUUGCUACGCUUAAGUUUUCUCAAUCUCCAUAUACAAAUAGUAAACAUAGUGUGUAAGAUUUCCUCCGUGUAAAUGAUCUUUCUUUAUCACUUAAUACUUGCUAGUUCUCAAGUUCAAAUGACUAACCAAUAACAUAAAAUAGUACUUAUCGAAAAACAA